AUUAUUGUUAAUUUAAAAGGAUUGAUUAGACAUUUUCCCCUCAUUUUGCUUUCCCUAGGCAUGGCAAUUGUUUCCAACGGCCGGUGUCUGUGCAUCGAUGAUGGAGUGAACUUUAUUAAGCCAGCAAACAUUGAGAAGAUUGAAGUGCAUUCACCGAGUUUUUCAUGCCAGAAAAUGGAGAUCAUUGUCACAAUGAAGAAUGGAGAGGAAAGGAAGUGUUUGAAUCCAGAGUCCAAAUUCGCUAAAAAUUUCAUCAAAAACUCCCAAAGGCAAAAAAGGAGCUUGAAGAGAACUGGAGCAUAACGACCAAGCAUCUCCUACACUGAACCACUGAAUUUGUUCAAAUGCACUUCUUGAAAACAAAAAUAAAUGGGCAUUAAUGGACGUUAAACACUUUUAAAACAAAGAAAAAAUACAUUUUACGUCUUACUGGACGAGAAAGCUAAAACUGUUAACCUUUUUACACUAACUUGGAAAAUUCCGUUAUUUUUGCAUUUCUGUUUUUUACUUGUAUUUCUUUCAAAUGAUGGAUUCUUUGUGUUGAUAAAUUUAUUGUGCAGUUUCACAUUGUAAUAGUUCAUUCACAUGUUUGAAUAAAGUGUAUUUACUAUUUA